CGGGACCGGCUGCGGCGCCCCCGGCAUUCGGCCCGGACCCCCCGGGCCCCCCCCCCCCCGAGUCAGGAUGAAGGACCGGCUGGAGCAGCUGAAAGCUAGACAAUUAACAGAAGAUGACGAUAGCGAAGAUGUGGAGAUCGCCAUCGAUAACACUGCUUUUAUGGACGAGUUCUUCUCUGAGAUCGAGGAGACCCGGCUCAACAUCGACAAGAUCUCCUCCAGUGUGGAGGAGGCCAAGAAGCUGUACAGCAUCAUCCUCUCAGCACCGAUCCCCGAAUCAAAAACAAAGGAUGAUCUGGAGAAGCUCACAGCAGAGAUCAAGAAAACGGCCAACAGUGUCCGCAACAGGCUGAAGAGCAUGGAGAGGCACAUCGAACAGGACGAGGUCCGGUCAUCGGCUGAUAUGCGGAUUCGAAAAUCCCAGCAUUCCGUUCUCUCCCGCAAGUUUGUGGAGGUGAUGACCAAGUACAACGAGGCGCAGGUGGACUUCCGGGAACGCAGCAAAGGGAGAAUCCAGCGACAGCUCGAAAUCACCGGCAAGAACACAACCGAUGAGGAGCUGGAGGAGAUGUUGGAGAGCGGAAACCCAGCCAUUUUCACUUCUGGAAUCAUCGACUCUCAGAUCUCGAAGCAGGCGCUCAGUGAGAUCGAGGGGAGGCACAAGGAUAUCGUGCGGCUCGAGAGCAGCAUCAAGGAGCUUCAUGAUAUGUUUGUGGACAUAGCCAUGCUGGUGGAGAACCAGGGAGCCAUGAUAGACCGCAUUGAGAACAACAUGGACCAGUCGGUGGGCUUUGUGGAGCGGGCCGUGGCUGACACCAAAAAGGCCGUGAAAUACCAGAGCGAAGCCCGAAGGACACUCCCGAUCAUUCCCUUCCGCCUCCCGAGUCUGUGGCAGAAUCCUGUCGAUCCCACUCGUGUCACCCUGUGCACUGACCAACUUGUCCUCCUCUUCCUCCUCCUCUCCCGGAACUCAGUCCAGCUCGAUCCACAUCCGGGCUUGGAUGUGGCUCCGAAUGGCUUCGCUGAGCGGAAAUGGGAAUCCAUUCGUUUGCCUCUCUCCAGCCACCCCGGGAUCCGACCUACCACUUGACGACGCCCAGAAGAGUCCAGUCCGGAUCGAUUCCGAGGGUCACCGGGUUUGGAGAGCCCCCACCCGAGAGCAGAUCGGCAUCCUUCGAACCCAUUCCCCCACCCUGCUUUUCCCUCCCCUUAGCCGUUCCGCCCCGUCUCCUGGUGUGUGAUAUUAGGUCCCCCGCUCCCUGUAGCUCUCCAGACCCUCCCAGGAUGCUGUUUUCUACCUCACGGAGCCCUCUCCUCUCAGGAAUUGUAAUAACUUGUUGGUGCACUCUCUUGGGAGACGGGAGGAAACGGACUUUGCAAGAAUCGGAAUCACUCCUCGAAACGCAAUUCGGGUCAUUCAGGUGCUCACUCUGACCUGAAGCACUCCGGGGCCGUACGGAGAUUUGGAAAUUUGAACGCCGUUCUCUGGAAAGGUCGUCUGAGGCUCAUUUCCAGGUCGGCUCUGUCGGUCGUCUCCUUCCCUUUAGGAGAGCGAAUCCAGAUUGGAUUUUUACCUCUGCAAAUAAGGUGUGUUUGUGUGGGCGUGCGUUUCCUUAUAUGCCUGUUUACCGAAGGAGGGUUGGGAGUGAUCCUUUCGCCCGAUUCCUCCUGAUUCAGCCGCAGCAGAGGCUGAAGGUGCAGGACAUUUGGGAACCUAAGCCCUGGAGAACGGCAGUUCUCCGAGAGCUGCAGUGCAGUACGAGGGCCCCACUCAAGCCAAUUCAAGGCACCAACCCAGGACCGGGAGUUGGGGGUGGCCGGCCGGGGCUUGGGGGGCGACCCCAAUUGCGGCGGAUAGGAUGGGGCCGGAGGCAGAGCUCCAUUUCCUUUCUGGGGGAUGAGCCACUCCUUUGGGAUUUUGACCCGUCGGUGUCCUCGGCGCUGCCGACGGCGUACGCUCCGGGACGAGGUUCUCGGAAAUGUCCGUGAGGCAGGAGGAAAGGAGAUCUUCGGGCAUUCCGCCGGAGAGCGGCCCCAGCCAGGCUCGGCGUGGCAGGAAAGCUGCUCUUUACAAGAGCCCUGGGGCGACUAGAUUGGGGCGACUCCCAUUGCUUUGGUGGGGGGUGUUGCGGGCGACCUUUCCUAGGGUUGCCCAAACCGGGCCUGCUUUAAGGAUAAUCUGCCCUUUGAGAUGACCCGGUCUGAGCUGGCUUCUCGGGCCGAGCGUGCUCCCUGGGGUUUGGCUAGGAAGGCGGGGGGGAUUCCGGGUCACGGGUUUUCACGCAAGGGCUUUGAGAUGGGGAUCCCAGUCCCCUCCGUCUUAUGAGGGUUUGCCCCAGAUCUGUCCGGCCCGUCGCGGACGGGAGACCGGAGGUGGGGUUUCGAGAGGGAACGUCAAGUCUGACCGGCCCUACUGGACUUCUAGAGACCCUCCCCUCGUCCACGGUGACUUGUGUAUCCUUCCUCCGCCUCCCUGAGCUGUAGCGAGGCACUCAUCACCAACGGGCUUAACUUUCGAUCCCAGCUGCUUUUUGGGUGCGGAAAGCGGGCUGCCCCGAGCAUCUCCCAGCGUAGAGAUGGAACCGCAGGGGUUUUGAAGUCUCACGUUGGAAAGGAGGCCCUGGCGGAAGCGAGGGUGGGGAAACCAACCCCAGUCAUGUGUUCGCCCCCGAAAAAUGAAGUGUUUUUGGUGCGUUUAUUUUUUUUUCUAAUGGCGAGUUGAUUAUUUUAUCGUUAAUUUAAAGAAUAAAUGAGUUUCUAUCGAUCGGGA